AUGUCUCGCAGAUCAGGCGUAACCAGCGUCGGUACCCAAAAUGAUUCUUCGAGACCCGACCAGGCCCAGGAGAAGCAGAAAAUGCUUCUCGCCGCAGAUACAGGCCACUUCAGUAUGAUGAAAGCCCUGCAUCUUGCGGACCUGAUCACCGAGAUGAAUGGUUUUUGUGGCUUCAUGUCUCUUCUAUCCUCGAUGAGGUACCUCCUCAGCGACCAAAACGAUCACACCAAUUUGUGGCUUGCACUAGGGUUCAUGCCGUUCGGCCUGUUCUUCGACUUCUUCGAUGGCAAGGUUGCGAGAUGGAGACAUAAAUCAUCAUUAAUGGGCCAGGAGUUGGAUUCGCUAGCAGAUCUCGUUUCUUUCGGCGUCUCCCCUGCAGCGGUCGCCUUCGCAAUGGGGUUUCGAACACCCCUCGACCAGGUCAUACUCUCGUUCUACGUGCUGUGCGGCUUAACGCGCCUGGCCAGGUUCAAUGUCACCGUCGCGGUUCUCCCUAAGGACCACACCGGAAAAUCUAAAUACUUCGAAGGUAUACCUAUACCCUUUGCGUGCCUCACGAUUGCUUCGAUGCUGGCGGUCAAUGUCUCGCAAGGCUGGAUUCUUGACAGCAUACCGCUUGGAGUUGCUCUGAAGGGUACACCAUUAGAGUUCCACCCGUCUGUUGCAGCCUUUUUGAUGAAUGGAUGCUUGAUGGUCAGCAAGACACUGCACAUACCGAAACCUUGA